AGAGAGAGAGAGAGAGAGAGAGACCACAAGAAGAAGAAGAGGACACGAGCCAGCUAGAGUAUUGCGUCAUCGGGGCUGGAACAUAAGAGCGACUCAGCGCAGCUGUAAACAAACCCGCAGCUGAUGGGCCGAGUACCGCACCACCACCACCACCACCACCUUACCUCCCUCACGCCCUCACACUGCAUGCCACGCCCACGCCCGCGCCCUUAGCAUUGCCACGCAGCCCAUACAUAGAGGCAUAUAGAGGGUGAUGGAGGAAGGUGCGGGGGAGUGUCAGGCAUCGGGCAGCAGAGACGGUGACGAGCCCAGUGCCAAGAGACAGUGCCGCGAUGGACAGAUGCGUCUGGCACCACCGCAAGAGCUGAGGCAAGGCAUCCUGCAGCAUCUCAGUGAACCUGUGGUGUUUAGGGAGUACCUGGGGGGUGGGGGGGAGAGGGGGGAUAGUGUGGGUGAUGGAGGUGAUGGAGGGGAAGGGUGGGGGUGCCUUAGGUGGAGUAUAGACAAGUGGAGAGAGAUUUUUGGCGACCGAGAGCUAAAUUUCCGUAUUGGCCCGCGCGUCGGCACUGGCCAGGCACUGUCAGCACCGCAGUGGGAGAGUGAGUGCCAGAAAGCCACCAUGACAUUCUGGCAGUUCCUGGAGUGGGUGAAGGGUGCCACGUCCUGCACCACGACCAGCGGCACCAAGGUGAGGAGUGCCACACACUGGGCGUACUUCGACUACUACUACCUCAGGGACCUGGUGGGGGAGUGCCAGCUGGACGGUGCCAUGGACUGGGGUGCCCUGGGGUUCCCGGAGCGUGGUGUGGGUGCCGGCACUCUCUGGAUCGGCUCAGCGGGUGCCAACACACCUUGCCACAUUGACACUUAUGGCAGCAAUCUUGUAGUGCAAGUGUUUGGUAGAAAACGGUGGGUGCUGUUUCCUGAGUGCCAAUCUGGGCUGCUCAGUGCCACACGCGUCCCAUAUGAGGAAUCGAGCAUCUACAGCAGUGCCGGGUUUCCACGUCCAAGCCUGCAGUGCCACCCUAAGCUUGCCAGUGCCACACCCUACAUUGUCACCCUGCACCCUGGCGACACUCUUUUUGUCCCUAGGCACUGGUGGCACUCAGUAGAAAACCUCGAUCUGGCUGUGAGUGUCAAUACCUGGUUGGAGGUGCCGGGGGACAGUGCCGAGAGGGUCAAGGAGGCACUGGUCAUGUACUUUGUGGCCAGUUUGUGUCAAGGUGUGACCUCAGUUGACCUCCUGAAGUCGGUGUUUAAUCCUAACAUGCUUGACCUGGCCACCAUGACCUCACCUGACCUCUUGGACUUACUGAGGGAGAAGGUACUAGCUCUGGCACCCCUCAUCACCCCACCCAUCACCCCACCCACCCCAAAAGUCACCCCAAUGCAGACCACUGACACCCCUACAGUCACCCAUACCAUCACCCCCAUCACCCCAACAGACACCUCUUCAGUCACCCCUCCCCACACCCCAGCCAUACCCCAUUGCCUCACCCAAGCACACCUGCCUGAUACCCCAAACAGUUCCAAAUGUAAGUGGCACUGCAGAGACUGGCUAGCAAAACACAACAUUGAAAAAGUGCCAUCUGUGACCUUUUCUCAGUACCAGAUUGAGAUUCUGGCACUGGAGGAGGUCAGGUCGGGUCAAGGGGAAGUCAGGUCAGAUCAAGGGGUGCCGGGGGGUGCCACAUCUCAGCUGGAAAGUGACUUAAAGCUUUUGAUUGAUGCAUUUGUUGAUAGAAGGGUAGUGGAUGUGUUGAAGAAGGUACUGGAUGAAAAGUUGGCAGAAAGGAGAGGAAUGAAUGGGUGUGGAGGAGAGGAGGGGGUGGAGAAGAGAGUGGAGGAGAGGGAGGAGAGGGAACAGAACAGAACAGGACAGUGGAACAAGAAAGAAUGAGUGAUUGGUGAAGAUAGAAUAACAAAAACAAGAGAGAACAGUGGAUUGGAAUAAUGAGACAAUAAUGAAAAGAAGAACAGUGGAUUGGAAUUAUAGAUGGAAUAAUGAGACAGAAUAAUGAAAAAAAGAACAGUGGAUUGGAAUAAUAGAUGGAAUAACGGAUUGGAGUGGAGAGACAACAGAACAGAAGAGAAACAAGGAAGAAAGAAUGAUUGAUGAAGAUGGAAAAGCAGAAGAGAAAAAGAAUGAUUGGUGGAGGGUGAGGCAAAAUAUAUUGCAGAAAAAAAAGAAGAAAAAAAAGAAAAAAAAAACAGGGUGAUGCAGAAAGUGUGUGAAAUUGAAUGCUAAGUAAUCUUACCACACAAAAGGGAUACAGGGUGACACAAAAUGAUGACAACAAUGAUGAUGAUACAGGAAACAAGAACAAUAACAGACCACAGUGAAGAGGUACAGGGUGAUACAAAAUGAUGGCGAUGAUGAUAAUGAUAUGGGAAUGAAGAAGAAGAACAGACCACAGUGGAAAAGGUACAGGGUGAUACAAAAUAAUAAUAAUAAUAAUGCAGGAGAGAAGAAAAAGAAGAAGAACAGGGUCAAUCAUAAGUUUGAGGUGUGUGAAAUUAAAAGAUAAGGAAAAUUCUUGAACCUUUUUAAAAUGACUUUGUACCAUUAAUGAGUUUGUGAAAUUGUUAUUAACUGUGGAAAUAAUAACCUAAACAUUUGUAAAA